UUAGAUAAUUAAAUAAAAAUCUAGCUUGGUCGCCAAUAAAUAACCAACUUCCAAUCAAGUACCCAUCACUAUGCAAUCAUGGAGGAAAGCAAGUGGGACAAUGGCAAAUAAUAUCUGCAAUUGUCAAUAGGAAACAGACAUUUCACUACAUUGAAUUCACAGAGGAAGGAGGAAGAGAAGGAGGAGGGGUGCCAUAGCAGAAAGAGGCUGUAGAAUUGAGCUUUUUUGCUCUUUAGCCCUUCUGAUUUCGAUGUCAACGACGUCGUUUGAUCAUCCCCUUCUCCCAAAUGUGCACAAUCAUGAAAAAUUGGCUAUUGACAGUCCUAAUUCUGCACACCAAAUUAGUAAUGAUUCAUGGUUUCAGGUGGGAAUUGUUUUGGGCACGGGUGUCAACAGUGCCUUUGCUCUCGGAUAUGCUGGCAUAAUUAUGGUUCCUCUAGGUUGGGUUAGUGGUGUGGUUGGUCUGGUUUUGGCAUCAGCUAUAUCACUAUAUGCUAGUACCCUUAUUGCUAAGCUACAUGAAUAUGGGGGAAGAAGGCAUAUCAGAUAUAGAGACCUUGCGGGAUUCAUAUAUGGACAGACAGCCUAUUCACUUGUCUGGGCAUUGCAGUAUGCAAAUCUUUUCUUGAUAAAUACUGGAUUUGUCAUACUGGGUGGACGGGCAUUAAAGGCUUUCUAUGUUCUUUUUAGGGAUGACCAUCAGAUGAAAUUGCCACACUUCAUUGCAUUGGCCGGUUUCGCGUGUGUCCUUUUUGCCAUUGCUAUACCCCAUUUGUCAGCUUUAAGGGUUUGGCUGGGGUUUUCAACAUUCUUCAGUCUAGUGUAUAUUUGUAUAGCGAUUGCUUUGUCACUUAAAGACGGUCUUGAGGCACCUCCUAGAGACUACAGCAUUCCUGGAACCAAAAACAGUAGGACUUGGGCAACUAUUGGUGCUGCUGCUAACCUUGUUUUUGCGUAUAACACAGGGAUGCUUCCUGAGAUACAGGCUACUGUGAGAAAACCAGUUGUCAAUAACAUGAUAAAGGCCCUUAACUUUCAGUUCACUUUAGGAGUUGUUCCAAUGCAUGCUGUUACUUACAUUGGAUACUGGGCUUAUGGAUCAGGUGCAUCUUCCUAUUUGCUGAACAAUGUUAGUGGUCCAAUUUGGUUGAAGGGAAUGGCUAACAUUGCAGCUUUCUUGCAAGCUAUUAUCGCGCUGCAUAUAUUUGCGAGUCCGACGUACGAGUUCUUGGAUACCAAGUAUGGAGUUAAAGGGAGUGCACUGGCUUGUAAAAACUUGGCCUUCAGAAUCAUUGUUAGAGGUGGUUAUAUAGCCAUUACAGCUUUCCUUUCUUCUCUGUUGCCCUUUUUGGGAGACUUCAUGAGCCUUACUGGGGCUAUCAGUACAUUUCCACUCACAUUUAUACUUCCAAAUCACAUGUACAUUGUUGCUAAGAGAAAGAAGCUGUCAUUAUUGCAGCAGAGUUGGCAUUGGCUCAAUAUUUUUUUCUUUAGUUGCAUUGCAGUUGCUGCAUUAGUAGCUGCAUUGAAGCUCAUCACAAUAGACUCUAAGACAUACCAUGUCUUUGCUGAUUUGUAAUUUUAUUUUUUCACUAUUUGAGGAGAUAAUGUUACCAUCUUUGGUGAUAUGUAAAUGUUAAAUUAUUCAGUUAUGAUAAAGUUUCUUCUGAUUUUUAUACUAAGAGAAAGGUAAAUAUA